UUUAAUUAAUAACAAUAAUUUGAAGAAUAGGAUGACAUGUUCAAAGUACAACUGUCAAACUGGCUUGGUUUGGUUUGGUUGUAACAAUCAUAUCAUAUUAAUAUUAUUAUAGUAAUUAUUCUGCCCGAGGAAGGAAUCUCGAGUUGAGAGUAAAGUAUCGUAAUCCAGUUCAGUUGGAGCUCAGUCAGUAACAAAAGAAAUAGUUUUAGUAUGGCCGAAAUCAAAGGGGAGCACAGCCUCAAUGUUUCCGAAGAGCUUCCACUUUCAGACAAAAACCUUCCCAAAACAAAGCGUGUUGCAUCCCUUGACAUCUUUCGUGGUCUCACUGUUGCGUUAAUGAUCUUGGUUGAUGAUGCUGGAGGGCAAUGGCCAAUGAUUGGUCAUGCGCCAUGGAAUGGCUGCAACCUUGCUGAUUUUGUCAUGCCUUUCUUUCUGUUCAUUGUGGGGAUGGCCAUUCCACUUGCUCUCAAGAGAAUACCAAAUAGACUUCUAGCUGUAAAAAAGGUGAUAGUUAGAACACUCAAACUCCUCUUCUGGGGUUUGCUAUUGCAAGGUGGUUUCUCUCAUGCUCCGGACAAUCUAACAUAUGGAGUUGACAUGAAACAUAUAAGGUGGUGUGGCAUUCUUCAGAGAAUUGCUCUAGCAUAUUUGGUUGUAGCACUGGUGGAGAUAUUUUCAAGAAGUGCACAGGCUAGAGAUCCAGAACCCACCCACCUCUCAAUAUUCAAGUUGUACUAUUGGCAUUGGCUAGUUGGGGCAUGCAUACUUGCUGUUUACUUAGCUUUACUUUAUGGAAUUCAUGUUCCUGACUGGCAAUUCACUGUCCAUAACCCAGACAGCAUAUAUAAUGGCACAACUUUAACUGUGACCUGUGGUGUCAGAGGGAAACUGGAUCCCCCUUGUAAUGCUGUGGGAUAUAUUGACCGAGAGGUGAUUGGAAUUAAUCACAUGUAUAAGCGUCCAGCAUGGAGAAGAUCCGAAGCUUGCACCGAGAAUUCCCCAUAUGAAGGUCCUUUUAAAAAAAAUGCUCCUUCAUGGUGUUACGCUCCUUUUGAGCCAGAAGGCAUUUUAAGUUCAAUAUCUGCUAUUCUCUCCACAAUCAUUGGAUUGCAUUUUGGACAUGUACUGAUACACUUACAGGAUCAUCCUUCCAGGUUGAAGCACUGGCUUCUCCUAGGCUUAGCUCUCCUUACUUCAGGACUUAUUCUUCACUUCACUCAUGCCAUUCCUUUGAAUAAACAAUUGUACACGCUGAGCUAUGUUUGUGUAACAUCUGGAGCAGCAGCAUUACUUUUUUCAGCCUUCUAUAUUAUGGUUGAUAUUUGGGGUUUAACAUUCUUGUUCUUGCCUUUGAAAUGGAUUGGCAUGAAUGCCAUGCUUGUUUAUGUCAUGGCAGCUGAGGGAAUCUUCGCAGGAUUCAUUAAUGGGUGGUAUUAUGGUGACCCUCCUAACUCGCUGGUCUAUUGGAUCCAGAAACAUGUCUUCAUUAAGGUUUGGCAUUCAACGAGAGUAGGCAUCCUGCUAUAUGUGAUCUUUGCGGAGAUCCUAUUCUGGGCCGUCGUUGCAGGCAUUUUGCACCGAUUGGGCAUAUAUUGGAAGCUUUGAAUUUUUUUUUAAAAUUAUUUGCAUUAUUUUUUACUGUGUAUCCGUGCUGUUGCUCUAUAUUCAAUUUGGGGAAUGACUGAAUAGCCAUUUCGCUUAUCAAAAUAGUUUGUUGUUAUUAUAAGUAUCAUUCAACUAAAAAAUGUGAAGGAUAAAGACAUAUACUAUCCUGACAAAGGUUAAGUGCAGUUCCUCAAGAUCCUUUCAUAUAAUUUUCAUUAGUCCUUAACCCGUCACAUAGUCAUGCAGCGUCACCAUCCUCUCAAGUGAACACUGAAGAACUUAUUUUUCUAGUCAAUAUUAUGUAAUCAUUAAAAUAUUAAUAGUUAAUUUAAUAAUUUUCAUGUAGACUGCUUUAUUCUUUUUUAAGUUAGCAAAAUAGAGCAGAAAAUAUGUAUCGCCCAUUUUUUAUUGGGCCUUUAACCGGCCCACAAGCUCUGUUUUUCGGAAUAUUAAGAGGGAAAAAUAAGUUGUGAGAUUACUACUCCCAACAAGUUUGUGUUUGUGUGUGCAUGAAAAGUUGAACCCCAUUUUCCAUUGGCAAUUGAAGUGAUGGCGAGCGCCAUGUUAGUUGGCGUCUAUGACCACCGACGACGUCGUCAGAGACUCAGAGCCUCUCGUAUGCUCGAAAACGGCAUUCGCAUUCUCAAGGAAGAGGUGCAGAGAUCGAAUCGGGAAUGGGAAUCAUACAAGGAGAAGAUAAAAAAUAACGAGGAGAAGGUUAAACUUCAUAAGCAGUUGCCCUACCUCGUUGCUAACAUUGUUGAGAUAUUGGAUAUGAAUCCAGAAGAUGAAGCUGAAGAAGAUGGGGCCAACAUUGAUCUUGACUCUCAAAGGAAAGGAAAAUGUGUUGUGCUAAAGACAUCCACUCGACAGACAAUCUUUCUUCUUGUUGUUGGGCUUGUUGACCCUGACAAGUUAAAACCUGGUUAUCUGGCUGGUGUUAACCAAGAUAGUUACUUAAUCUUGGAUACUUUGCCUUCUGAGUAUGAUUCAUGAUUUAAGGCCAUGGAGGUUGAUGAAAAGCCAACGGAGGACUACAAUGACAUUGGUGGUUUAGAGAAGCAGAUCCAAGAAUGGGUUGAAACUAUUGUUUUGCCAAUUACCCACAAGGAGCGGUUCCAGAAAUUUGGAGUUGGUCCACCGAAGGGAGUGCUCUUAUAUGGACCUCCAGGAACUGGAAAAACACUAAUUGCCCGUGCUUGUGCAGCACAAACAAAUGCCACUUUUCUGAAGUUGGCAGGUCCACAGCUGGUCAAGGCAUGACUCUUCCAUUUUUACUUUCUUAUUAUGACUAAAUUCAUUGUAUCUUAUUUUGAAUUGUUGGUAAUUUUAAUUUUCUGUUUUUUAAUGGGCAGAUACUUUACUCAUCAAUCUUUUUCAGCUAAUAAUUUUCUUGUGAUUUUUGUUGAUGAAACUCAUUGACUGUAUGGGGAUUAGUUAUUCUUAUAUUAUGUCUUCAUAUUAAGGAUAUAAAUAUGCUUUGGUUCUAGCAAAACUUGUCCGCGAUGCCUUUCAGCUGGCAAAAGAGAAGUCUCCAUGCAUUAUAUUUAUGGAUGAAAUUGAUGCAAUUGGAACAAAGCGUUUCGAUAGUGAAGUAAGUGGAGACAGGGAGUUACAGCGAACAAUGUUAGAAUUGCUCAAUCAGCUUGAUGGUUUUAGUAGUGAUGAUCGUGUUAAGGUGAUUGCAGCAACAAACCGUGCUGAUAUUCUUGAUCCUGCCCUUAUGUGUUCUGGUCGAUUGGAUUGAAAAAUUGAGUUUCCACACCCAACAUUAACUGAUCCAUUCUCGGAAAAUGAAUGUUCAUCCCGAUGUCAAUGCAGCACAACUUAAAGCUGUCUGUGUUGAGGCUGGCAUGUUGGCCCUUUGCCGCGAUGCAACUGAGGUGAACCAUGAGGACUUUGAUGAAGGCAUCAUCCAAGUCCAAGCAAAGAAGAAAGCAAGCUUGGAUUAUUAUGCAUAGGUACUCAACGAAAGGAAAAACGAGCAUUGAUGUUUGAUUUGUUUGCUAGUAUUGAUCUUACUCGAAUCAUAUGUAACAUAUAGCUAGCAAAUUUCAUAGAUGUAGCUUUAUAUGUUUUAUUUGCUUCCUGUUUUGAAAUUCGUCGUGUUGGUCAGGCUGCGAGUGUUGACUAAUUCAAGCAGAUUGGCUAAUCCCAAUGUCAUAAACUAAUUGAAAAAUUGAUUAAUCUCACAUUUGUGAAUGACCAAUCUCAAUAUUAUAUUUUACCCAAUGCAACAAA